AUGGGCUCUGUGGCGCGGCUGGCGGCUCUGCUGGCGGCUCUGCUGGCGGUCCUGGCGCUCCGGGCAGGGGACCCGGCGGGGGCCGCGGCGGGUGGGGACACGUUCUCGGCACUGACCAGCGUGGCGCGCGCCCUGGCGCCCGAGCGCCGGCUGCUCGGACUGCUGCGGCGCUACCUGCGCGGGGAGGAGGCGCGGCUGCGGGACCUGACAAGGUUCUAUGACAAGGUGCUCUCUUUGCAUGAGGAUUCAGCAUCCCCUGUGUCUAAUCCUCUGCUUGCGUUUACUCUCAUCAAACGCCUACAGUCUGACUGGAGGAAUGUGGUACAUAGUCUGGAGGCCAGUGAGAACAUCCGAGCUCUGAAGGAUGGUUAUGAGAAGGUGGAGCAGGACCUGCCAGCCUUUGAAGACCUUGAGGGAGCAGCAAGGGCCCUGAUGAGACUGCAGGACGUGUACAUGCUCAGUGUGAAGGGCCUGGCCCGAGGCGUCUUUCAGAGAGUCACUGGCUCCGCAGUCACUGACCUGUACAGUCCCAGACGGCUCAUCUCCCUCACAGCAGAUGACUGCUUCCAAGUUGGCAAGGUAGCCUAUGACAUGGGGGAUUAUUACCAUGCCAUUCCAUGGCUGGAGGAGGCUGUCAGCCUCUUCCGAGGAUCUUAUGGAGAAUGGAAUACAGAAGAUGAGGCAAGUCUGGAGGAUGCCUUGGAUCACUUGGCCUUUGCCUAUUUCCAGGCGGGAAAUGUUUCAUGUGCCCUCAGCCUCUCCCGAGAGUUUCUUCUCUACAGCCCAGAUAAUAAGAGGAUGGCCAGGAAUGUCCUGAAAUAUGAAAAGCUCUUGGCCGAGAGCCCCAGCCAGGCAGCAGCGGAGGCUGUCAUCCGGAGGCCCAACGUACCCCACCUGCAGACCAGGGACGCCUAUGAAGAGUUAUGUCAGACCCUGGGCUCCCAGCCUACUCACUACCAGGUGCCUAGCCUCUACUGCUCCUAUGAGACCAGUGCCAGCCCCUACCUGCUGCUCCAGCCCAUCCGGAAGGAGGUCAUCCACCUGGAGCCCUAUGUUGUUCUUUUCCAUGACUUCGUCAGUGACCUGGAGGCUCAGAAAAUUAGAGGACUUGCAGAACCAUGGCUGCAGAGAUCUGUGGUGGCAUCGGGCGAAAAGCAGUUACCAGUGGAGUACCGCAUCAGCAAAAGUGCCUGGCUGAAGGACACCGUUGACCCAAUGCUGGUGACCCUUGACCAUCGCAUUGCUGCCCUCACAGGCCUCAAUAUCCGGCCUCCCUACGCAGAGUACCUCCAGGUGGUGAACUAUGGGAUCGGAGGGCACUAUGAGCCGCACUUUGACCAUGCUACGUCACCAAGCAGCCCGCUGUACAGAAUGAAGUCUGGGAACCGAGUUGCAACAUUUAUGAUCUAUCUGAGCUCGGUGGAAGCUGGAGGAGCUACAGCAUUCAUCUAUGCCAACUUUAGCGUGCCUGUGGUCAAGAAUGCAGCACUAUUUUGGUGGAACCUACAUAGGAGUGGUGAAGGGGAUGGCGACACACUUCAUGCUGGCUGUCCUGUCCUGGUGGGGGACAAGUGGGUGGCCAACAAGUGGAUACACGAAUACGGACAGGAAUUCCGCAGACCCUGCAGCUCGAGGCCCGAGGACUAACAUGUUGGCA